AAAUGUUGUUAAAAAUUACUAUUUUAAUCAUUAAAAUAACCGCAUUAUUAAGUAUUCCACUAAACUUGGAAGUGUGUCGUGAAGAUGCCCAACUUCGACAUCAAAUUCUUUGGUAUCAAAUAUUACGACAACGGUAUCAGUGGUCACAACACCAGAGAUAAAGACAACAACUCCCAUAACAACGGGUACAACGACUACAACAAUAAUGAUCACUACCUCUAAAAUUAUAGGCGCGUCAACUCAGACAUCAGAUACCACUCCGACUGAUGAUCCACCGGCGAUAACAACACCUAUAGCUUUGUUGACAUUUACUUCUUCAUCGGCACAAAUAUCAGCUAAUAAUUCAAUCAAUACUUCAAUUAUUAUGAAUACAACUCAGGAACCGAUGCAAAUCUCAUCGCCAGUAAUAAAUACAUUGAUAUCAACCCAGGGAUCAGAUUCUACUUUAACUAUUGAUCCGACAUCCGUAGAGACGUUGACCACAACUUCUACUCCAGUGAUAAAGAAAAUACC